CUUGGAGCGGGUGAAAGCCACGUGAUCAGCUAGCAGAUCUAGGCCGUCGUGUGUUUGAAGUGCAAACUGUACAAACUACGUACCGAGUCACCGGUUGCCUACCAGCCUCUGUAGCUUCAUUGAUACCCUUCUUUAUCAGACCUGGACACGACGAUGCUGCAACUCGCUCACCAUGUCCAGCGUCACCGAAAUUCGUGAAGAGAUAUUCGAAAGGGCAGAGACACAACGACUUGUGAUAAAGGUGCACACCGAAAGACUGGAUUCCAGUGAUUAUCGUGUCUCAGCGGGCAACUUUAUCAAUGAAAUCUUUCCAAAUUGGGAGGAUGACAGUCGGAUUCGCUUCCUCGCAAUUGAAAUAAGGGGAGACCGCACCUUUAUGUCCAUCGAUGUCUACAACUCUGGUUAUGAUUUUGACACGGCGCACGAAACGAAGACGAUCCUUCCAGUCUAUGUUCUUUGGCACCAUAAGAGAAAGGGCUGGUUCGUCGUCAGAUGGCCCCAGGAAGACGGACCUCUUGCCACGAAAAUGGCGGAGCUCCAUCGACUCAAUGGCUUUGAUGCCAUCACACCAUUUCUUGCAAAUUUCAAUGCACAGGUUGUUUAUGGCAAUCCUCGGGUAGUCUCUACGAAUCGAUAGUGCUGAAGAAAGUGGUACGACAUGGGUGAAUAUUUGGAACUUUGGCGUAUGGAUACUCGUUUAGCGGACGGACAGCAGAGAUACAAUGGGGCGCUUUUCCUUUUUCUUCAUAGACUUAGCACUUAUAGUCCGAAGUGGUCAUG